AUGGAACUUUCUUUGGAAGAAAAGAAAAGAAAGAGGUUAGAGAAGUUGGCUCUUUGGAAGAAGAAAAAGGAGAAGGAAGAGCAGGAAAAGAAUGUAAAAAAUUCCCAAAUUGAGGAACCUCCUAUAAAGAAAGUGAAGGGGUUUGCUAUUAAAAAGCACAAUCAACCAGCGAGACAAAUUAAGAGAAACGCAAAAGGUUUGAGGCUUUUUACUGAUCAGGGUGAAGAGAGUGAACUAAAGAAAAAGACCCCUUUGCUUGUCAAUGGAAUUCAGAAUUCUAAAAAAGGCUCCAACCAUGACAAAGAACCGGAGACUGAUCUGGAUUCUCUCUUAGAUGAGCUGAAAUCUAAUCCACAUAAACUUGUCACCAAAAAUCAAAAGACGCAGAACGUCAUCAUAGAAGAGACACAAGAAGAUGACGCAUCGUUCUAUGAUUCCCAAGAUGAUGCUCAAGCAUUACUGGAAACGUUGAAGAACAAGAAUAAGAAAGUUAUCAAAUUCAUUGAACCAAGUACUGAACCUUUUGAGAAACAGUUUUACACGGAGCCUGAAAGUAUUUCCUCUUUACCAGAGACGGAUGUUCAAGCAAUAAGAGCAAUUCAUAAUAUAAAAAUAAGAGGCAAGCAUAUUCAACGCCCAAUUACUGAAUGGUGCCAGCUGGCUCUACCACAACAGUUCAUGUCAGUAAUUGAAGAUUUAAAAUAUGAGGCUCCUACGCCAAUACAAUCGGAAGCAUUACCGAACUUAAUGUCCGGAAAAGAUCUGAUUGGAAUUGCCAAAACAGGAUCUGGAAAGACUCUGGCUUUCCUACUUCCAAUGUUUCGUCAGAUCAUCUCUCAGCCAGAUCCAGAAUCUGGGGAAGGUCCUAUUGGAGUUAUUCUAACACCAACUAGGGAACUUGCCCUUCAAAUAUUCAAAGAAUGUAAACCGUUCAUGAAAUCUUUGAACUUGAAGGGUAUAUGUGUGUACGGAGGUGCAUCCAUUAGUCAACAGAUAUCUGACAUAAAAAAACGGGUUCAUUUUGCGGUAUGUACGCCUGGAAGAUUGAUAGAUCUCCUUACUGCUAAUAGUGGGAGAGUCACUAACCUUAGUCGUACGUCGUAUCUGGUCUUGGACGAAGCUGAUAGAAUGUUUGACAUGGGAUUUGAACCUCAAGUUAUGAAAAUCAUUCCUAAUACGAGACCUGACAGGCAGACGUUGGUAUUCUCUGCAACUUUUCCACCUAAGAUGGAGGCGUUAGCAAAAAAAGUACUGAAUAAUCCCCUCGAGGUUAUUGUUGGAGAGAAAUCUGUGGUAGCUGACACUAUCACUCAAAAAGUUUUCGUGAUUGAUCCACAAGAACGGUUUAGCAAAUUGUUAGAAUUGCUCGGAACAUUCAAGAGUAAAGAUCCCACUGGUAAAGUAUUAGUUUUUGUAGAGAGGCAAGAUUCUGCGGAUGUCUUACUGACUAACUUACUGAAAAGAGGCUACAACGCCCAGUCCUUACAUGGAGGAAAAGAACAAAUGGAUAGAGAUUUUAUUAUUCAGGAUUUCAAAACAGGAAAUUCUGAUAUACUGGUAGCCACAUCAGUGGCUGCUAGAGGCUUGGAUGUGAAGAGAUUGAAUCUUGUAAUAAACUAUGAUAGUCCAAAUCACAUGGAAGAUUAUGUUCAUAGAGUCGGUAGAACUGGUCGAGCCGGAAGUACAGGUGAGGCGGUGACCUUUUUAACCGCAAAAGACUAUAGAGCUGCCUAUGAUGUUUCUAGAGCUCUUAAAGUCAGUAAACAGUUAGUCCCAGACAAUGUUCAGGCUGUAGCCAACGUUUUUAUUGAACAAUUAAAGACAGGCUCAGCUAAAAGAGGGUCUGGAUACGGUGGGAAAGGUCUUGAGAAGCUACAAGAAGAAAGGGAGCUAAAAAGACAACUAGAAAAGACUACAUAUGGAGAUGAAGUGGCAACUGCAGACCCCAAAAAGGAAAACACACAUGGUGCAACUGCAACUCCACCUCCUUUGGAUCAACCCGUGGAGGAAUUCAAGGUAGUAUUUGGUAGCGAGCCAUCAGGUAAUGGUACUACUCAAUUUCAUGCUACGAUUGAAAUCAACGACUUACCCCAACAGGUUCGCUGGACCAUGACCAACAGAGUGAACAUAUCCGAUAUCAUUGAAGCUUCUAACGCCUCAAUCACAUCUAAAGGUAGAUUCUACCCUACAGGUAAGGCACCUUCAGAGGGUGAGGAUCCGAAACUUUACCUUCUUAUUGAAGCUGAUUCUGAGGCAUCUGUAAAUAAAGCCGUGUCUCUUUUCAAAGGAAAAAUGAUAGAAGCUCUCUUACAGGAAACUAAAGAUAAAUCAAAGGGAAGAUACACUAUUACAUAG